AUGUCCGAAAGAAAGGUUUUAAAUAAGUAUUACCCUCCGGAUUUCGAUCCGUCGAAAAUCCCGCGUAUGAAAUUAGCAAAAAAUAGACAAUACACGGUACGAUUAAUGGCACCUUUCAACAUGAGAUGUGCUACCUGCGGUGAAUAUAUUUACAAAGGGAAAAAAUUUAAUGCAAGAAAAGAAGAUGUCGAGGGAGAAGAUUAUUUAGGAAUUAGAAUUUUUAGAUUUUAUAUUAAGUGUACAAGGUGCCUUCAAGAAAUUUCUUUUCGCACUGAUCCUAAAAAUACAGAUUAUGAAAUAGAAGCUGGAGCCACUAGAAAUUUUAUGGCUUUAAAACUUGCCGAAGAACAAGCUCAAAGAGAGCAAGAUGAGAGAGUUGCUGAUGAGGCUACCAAUCCGAUGAAAUUAUUAGAAAAUAGGACCAAGCAAUCUAAGCAAGAGUUAGAAUUGUUAGAAUCAUUAGAAGAAUUAAAAGAUUUAAAUAAAAGACAAAGAGCUAUUGAUUAUGACUCAAUUUUAUCUCAAUAUAAUGUCAAGAGUGAAGCAGAACAAGAAUUGGAAGAUGAAGAGUUCAUUAAAUCGAUAUUUAAAGAUAAACCUGUAAAAAGUCAAAAUAAUACAGUUGUCGAAGAAAUUAUUGAAGUAAUUUCAGAAGACAGAAACCCAUUAAAAAGAAGAUUAAAUAAUCUUGAAACUGAUGGUAAUGCUAAAAGUUUAAAAAAAGAUGAGAGUAUUUCUAGUAAAUCAUCUAAUUCAGAAAGAGAGAAGUGUUGGUGGUUUAUCACUUUUAAAGAAAAACAACUUGGUUAA